GAUAACGUUCGUGGAAAUAUUGAUGCUCAGUUGCUUGGUUUCAUUCAGUUGACUUGUCAUUAUAUGACGCUGAAAUAUAGAAAAACUAAUCGAAUAAAAACCGGUAUACAAACACCGCAUCAUAUCCGCGCGUUUACGUUUCUGUAAGAUACAAAAUUCUAACUACGUGUUACACGCCUGGCCGCAUGGCCGAAAUUAUUGACUUAGCUGUCGAUUCAAAGCGUCUAAAAAUUUUACGGUAUAGGAUUAUCAUUGAAAGACAUCGAAUUCGUUAUCAUAUUCGAUAUAUAACCUCAAUGGUUUAAUUAAUACUCUAAAUGGGUUUCUUUGUGAAAUUGUUAUAAAUUACGAAUUCGAAUAAGGUUUGAACGAUUAUGCUACGACUUGACCACGCGUACGGAAGAGGGCUGACGCGCGAGGGUCAGAAACUAACCCCCAAAAAAAUGUAUACGUCGUCCCUCGAAGACGAAUCACGCUCUGCUCGCAUAAUCGUGAAAGCAUAUGAAAAUUACAGCACGAAUGAAAUAGCAUUACACCAUCAUAAGAUUUCCGACUUACCCAAUGCGUAGAAGAACUCCAGAAUUCGAUAAACCGGAUGAAUUCUCACUCACAAACACGAAACUUAACAGCAAUCGCGAUACAAUGGCGAACAGCGGGUGCGUAGCGAAUACUGAGCUAAUGCUCUCGCCAUCUGUCGAGCGUUUCUCUAAGUUGCCGGCAACAAGGACGUUUUCUAUUGGACCGUUUCGACCAAUCAAAAUAUAGCAUUGGUUUACGCGGGAAUGCUUUGGCGGCACGCCGCCAUAUUGCAAAACCGUUCAAAUUGUAAGUUGUUAGACACACUACUGAAAAGAUGGACUGUAACAAUCAUAAUAUUGAUCAAUUAUUAUCAUUCGGUAAUACAAAUUCAUGUUUCUGUCUCUAUUUUGUUCAAUUUGUAAUAUCUUUUAAUAUGACAAAUUACGAAACUGAUAAAUAAUGUAAUAUUUGUAAGUGGUAUUGCAAUAUUGUGGAAUUCAAGAAAGCCGGAUUUCAGAUCAAUUAUACCGAAUGUACAAGGAGGUAGACGAUGUUGAAUCAGAAUUAUUAGAAUGCCAAAAAGAAUGUGCAACUACCGAGAUAGAAAUAUAUAAUGUGAAUCAAUUGAAAGAUAAGGGGACAUAUGUAUUGGAAAAUGUGAAGAGAAAAUACAAUGACUUAGAGGAAGAAUUAAAGGAAGUUCAUUGUAAUUACUUAAAAUGCAUUGAGAAGACAAACAAUGAGACUAUUCAACAGAAAAUUGAUUCAUUAACAUUACAGAGAGAUAAUUUGAGAAGAGAAUUAGAAGAAUUAAGUAAAACAGCAGACGAAAAUAAUAAAAAAAUAAUGGCAGUGAAAAAGAUGAUUAAAAUUCAAGAGGUAUCCUUUAUAUAUAUGUGUAUAACGCCAGAUUUAAAUGAUAGAGUAAAUAUGAUCCUAACUGAUCCCAGACUUACCAAACAAAAAAAUUCUAAUUAA